AUGGAUUUCGCAGCGCUCAUGUCAAAGGAGCUGGACAAGUCAUCAAAGGAGUCCAGCUCGUCGUCAUCCUCAAAGUAUCUCAAGCGCGCCGACGUCGAAGCGAAGCGGAAGGAGGAGUACCUGGCCGAACAAGCCCGUCUCGAGAAAGAGCGAGAGCAGAAGGCCGCCGCGAAACGCAAGCGGGAGGAGGAAGCGGCAGAGGAGCACAAGAUCCGCGAGGAGAAGAGACAACGGCUGGCGGAGGAGUCACGGAAGCGGCGGGAGGAGCAAGAGGAGGAGGAAGAGCGCGCGCGACGGCGCCGGCUCGGGCUCCCGGAGCUCGUCAAGGCCUGCAGCGAGGAUGUCUCCGAGAUGGAGGAUGGCAUGGAGGAUAUACCCGACGAAGAACUCUACACGAAGCUGCGCGAUCUGGGCGAGCCGGCGACGCUGUUUGGGGAGAGCCACGCGGCCAGGCUGCGGAGGUACAGGAGGCUCACGACGGUGGUGACCAAGGGCCCGAUACCGACGACACUGCAGCUGGUUGAGGAGAAGGACAUGAAGGUCGACGGCACGGUGCCUAAGGACAAGGAGGGCAGGCGAUGGUUGUUCAGGCAGCUUGCUUCGUACUUCACGAUGGUCUUGACGGAGUACGAGAAGGCGAUGGAGCAAGAGCGGCGGGAUACCACAGCCAGCAAGACGGCCUACAGCGCGAUGGUGCAAAGCCGCGAGAACCUGAAGCCGCUCUUCCGCAAGUUUGAAAAGUACGACCUGGACGACGACCUCCUCGCCCCCAUCAUCGAGAUCGUCCAAGCCGCGCAAGAGCGCCGCUACGUCGACGCGAACGAUGGCUACCUCCGCCUCUCCAUCGGCAAGGCCGCCUGGCCCAUCGGAGUCACCAUGGUGGGCAUCCACGAGCGCAGUGCCCGUGAGAAGCUGCACGACGGCGAGCGCGGGCACGUCAUGGGCGACGAGGUCACCCGCAAGUACCUGCAGAGCAUCAAGCGACUGCUCACCUUUGCGCAGGUCCGCUGGCCGCCCACCGACGUGCGGCAAUUGAUGGGAUGA